GUGCCGCGCCGUCAUCGAGCCGCGCCGGGCGGGCCAUGGCGGGGCUGUGGAGGGGCUGCGGGCGGCUGCUGGCGCGGCGGCCCGGGGUUGCACAGGCGCUCACCGCCGGGGCUCUCAUGGGAGCUGGCGAUGUGAUUGCGCAGCAGCUGGUGGAGCGGCGGGGGCUGCGUGGGCACCAUGGCCCCCGGACCCUGAAGAUGAUGGCGAUCGGCUUCUGCUUUGUGGGCCCUGUUGUGGGCGGCUGGUACAAGAUCCUGGAUCAGCUCAUCCUGGGGACCACAAAAGUCGUGGCUGUGAAGAAGAUGGUCCUGGACCAGGGGGCCUUUGCGCCAUGUUUCCUUGGCUGCUUCCUCGCUAUCACGGGGGCAAUGAACGGUCUGUCAGUGGAGGAGAACUGGGCCAAGAUCCAGCAGGACUACACGGACGCCCUGCUGACCAACUACUGCAUCUGGCCACCGGUGCAAAUCGCAAACUUCUACUUCGUGCCCCUGAAGCACAGGCUGGCCGUCGUCCAGUGUGUUGCCAUCGUCUGGAACUGCUACCUCUCCUGGAAAGCAAAUCGGAUGUGAGGUGGAAGCCGUGUCCCCUCCCCUGCCUGCAUGCUGCCUGACUCUGCCCCAUCUCCAAAGCCCUUGGAACAGGCACCCGUGGCUGUGGAUGGGGCUGGGAUGUGCAGGGCGCAGGCAGCAGUCAUCCUGCUCUCUCCUCGGGGGACCCCAUCGCCUGCAGCUACGGCCCUCACUGUUACAGGGACACAAAGGAGAAGAUGGGGCCAUGUCCACCCCAAGACGAGCCAGUGCCUAGGGCAGCUCUGGGUCCAGCAGCCUGCCAUGCCAUGGGGCAGCUCUGCCCUCGACACGCUUCUCCGUCCGUGCUCACUCCUCUGCCCAGCCCCUGGCCCCAUAGAUGGGGUGUUCCUGCCCCAGGCGUUCCUCUGUCCUUCCCUGGUGGCAGAUCCCGGGGGGGGGGGGGGGGAAGCAGGAGUGGUGCUGGGCCGGUGCCAGUGCAGGCCCAGGGCUGGCAGUGCCAUGGGUUGGGCACUGCCCUGCUCGGAGCUGGGGUCAGUGCUGCCGAGGGGCUGCCCUGUCCCUGCCCCACGCUUGCAGCACCUGCUGCCACAGGCCAGGUGUGCUCCCCCUGAAAAUGGGGUUUGCUGUAGCUCUGCUGCGGACAGUUGGAACACCCAAUAAACAGCAUUUUUCACUCUU